GAUGUCAUACGUAAACAAAGAUUAUGUAUUUUGAUAUAUUAAAAAGGACACUGGGCACAUUUCGAAGUGAUAGCUUGCCGUCUGAUAUUGAUGAAGGUUCAGACUGCUCUAGCAAAAGGAAUUACUGACUCGAUCCAAUUAGGCUACCUCUAGGCCCUCGGACAUGAGGUGGACGAACUUUUAGGAAAGUUGGAUAAAUUGCCUGAUAAAGUACGCAUCGAAAUAUUAAAGAAAUUGUCACAGAAGGUCUCAACUUCAGCCUCCAAACUAAAAGCAGCAAAGAAAAAUAAGAGCCAGUCUAGAGAGGCAGCUGUCCAAAAUUCUGUGUCAGCAGUACCAAAAAUAUCUGAAGAAAAUGUUUUAGUAAAGGUGGAAGUGAAGGAGGAGCCCCUGGAUGAAAAAAUAUGUUCCGGUGUGACUGCGGAUCAGCAGACAAAUGCAAUGGGAGUUCAGUCUGCAACAAAAAAGACAAAGAAAACUCUUCCAGAGAGGGUUGUUUCAGGACGUAGGCAGACAAAGAAAGUUGAUUAUAAACAGUUAUCAGAGUAUGGCUUGGAUGAAGGUGAUGAAGAAGAAAACGUUGCCAGCUAUGAUGAUGAUGUAGGGAAAGUCAGACCUCUCACCAAAAGAGGCCGAGGUCGCCCCAAGAAGAAUUUGGGAGUAGGUUCUGUGGUAACUAGUGUUGCCCAGUUAGAUGCCAAAGAAGCAGCAUCAUCUGUUACUGAAGAAAAUAUUGUAGCAGGGAAUGAAAUGAAAAAACAAGUAGAGAAAAGUAUUGUUGAAGGGUACUUUGAUUUACUUGAGAGUUGCUUGAAAGAGAGUGGCAUCAAGGCUGCUGGAGAGAGAGCUGAUGAGCAAGAAAAGGAGAAUGGAAAUGAACCGGGUAAACAAUCAUUAGAAGAGGAUAAUGAAGAGGAGCAAAAGAAUUCUCCAAAGAAAGUCUUUAUUUUUAAUUCGCUAGAGUCUAUUAAUAAUGUUCGUAAAAAGAAAUCUGGAACAUCAAAAUUUAAAUGUGAUGAAUGUGGAAAAAUGUACUCGUCUUUAUCUGUUUUAAAAACUCAUCAAAUUCGACACCGUAAGAAAGAGGAUCUUCCCUUUGCUUGUAAGCAUUGUGACUUUAAAUCGGCAUCAAAAAUUGAAUUGUUUCGUCACUCUUUGAAACAUGAGAAAACUUUGGUGUAUGCAUGUAACAUUUGUGAAAAACAGUUUUCAAGAGAUACAGGUCUUCGAGAACAUAUCCAUUAUAUUCAUUCAAAGUCUCAAGUUUUAAAGUGUGGUAUAUGCCAGUUUUCAACACAUCGCCGAAGUACAAUGAGAAACCACCUUCAGACACAUCAAGGAACUACACCUGUCAUAGCUUGUCCAGUUUGUGGUGUGACGUUCAGAUCCAAAACAAAUCUGAAAACCCACCUUUUCUCCCAUGCAGGGCUGAAGCGAUUUGAAUGUGAUGAAUGCGACAAGAAAUUUAUAUCUCAUAACCGAGUCAAAGCUCACAAGUUAUACGUUCAUGGUCCAAGAGAACAUAAUUGCCCGUACUGUGAAAUGAAAUUUCCUACACGUCAUGCUUUAAACCGUCACAUGUUGAUUCAUACGGGGGAAAAGCCAUUCCAGUGUUGCUUUUGUACCUUCACAUGCAACACUCAGGGAAAUCUCAUAAAGCACAUCAGGCACGUCCAUGAGAAAAUAAAUUUUACAUAUAAAGAUUUUUUGAGAGAAAGUCGUAAAGAAGACAGCACCUCAAAAGUUGACAGUGUAAAUAUGGAAAGAAUGCAGAAAGAGGGGAAAGAUUUUGCUUUCAAAGUUUUUAAUACUAUAGGCGAGUCAACUGGAGAAACUCUUACUCUUGAGCAAUUGAAAGAAGAAGUACAGAAGAAGAAAGAAUCCAAGGUGGCAGCAAUGCAGGAACAGCAGUCAAAAAAGAGGCGGAAGAUUCUCAAGAAGGCUGUACUUAACAAUGCUGGAAAGGAUAAGAAAAUUACUGUUUACUCUGUGCCUGAAAAGUCAGGGGAUGCAGUUACCAAGUCCCCAUUAGAUGAUAAUGUGUAUGUUGAAGGUGCUUUAUCAGGCCUUGGUGAUGAUAAUUCUUGCUGGUUGACUCAUACAGACGAAAAUGGGUGUGUUAUGUUGAUACCUUGGGAUGUUUCAUUAAUUGGGGAGAACGACGAGGGAGAAGAGGAAGAUGAAAUUGGGGAGUGGAGACAAGAUCUUCAAGUGGAUAAGGUUGUUAAAAUUGCCAGCACACCUGGCAAUAUUCCUGUCAGUACUCCCAAACCAGAAGAUAUUAGCAUUGAAAAAUUUGACGAGGAUUGUGGUGUAGAGGGCUUAGAAUCAACAUUUGAAAUUGGUAAUAAUGUCAAAAGAAACAAAAAGCCCAAAAAUGAAGUUAGAAAUGAUAUCUUUGAAGUAGGAAAUCUAUAUGAAAUUGUAGAUAAUGUUAAUCCUUUAGUAGGCGAUGUAACAGAUGGAACUCCGAGAUCAGAAAACCUUUCUCAAGAUAAGAAAGUGUACAAACAGUACCCUAAAGCUUUACAAGUAUUCACAACAGGUGGAUCUGUAAAUAGUGCUGGUCCUAGUGCUUCAAACUUUGUCCUUCCUGAACGUUACUUAGUGGACGAAGAUGGUCAAGUCUUACAGCUGACUGGAAAUGUUAUGGGCACUAAUCUCUUUCAGCUGCAAAUGGAUGAGGUAGUAAAUACCUCAGAAUCACCUGAGGUCACCAUAAAUAAGCUAACAGAUAGUGUUUAUUCAUUGACAAGUCAGUCAGGCAGUGAGAAAGAGGAGACUUUUGUUAUCACAACACGAGACAAGGGUGAUGAAACUGAUAUAAAAAGACUUAAUAAAUUUAAGCCUAAGCAGUUAAAUUCUGAUGUGAAUCUGUUACCUGUGGAAGUCAGUAGAGUUGAAGGAGACCAGCAGUCAGCGUUAGUUUUAAUAGUUGAUGCAGAUGAUGUUGAUAAGUAGGAACAUAAAAACUUGUUUUACAUUAUAGUACGUAAGGGCAUAGGACCUCUGGUGUUCUCAAAUUCAAUACCUACUGUCUAUGCUCUAAACAGAACUCUGAAUUUCCUGAUUUUAUUUCUAUAACCAUCCUUUAGGCACAAGUAAUAGUUGAACAAUAAAAGCUGUUACAAUGAAGUCGUAUUCUUCUUGGAGGAUGGCUGAAUUUGUGUUUGUAAGGUGCUGUAGCACAAUACCAGUGAGUUCUGUGCUGCAUAUGUACCAAACACCACGGUAUCUUUGUAGUGUGUGUGUGUAUUUAGGCAGGUGAUUUUUUAGGAUUCUGUAAAGUACAAGUGAGUCUCUCUCUCUCUCUCUCUCUCUCUCUCUCUCUCUCUCUCUCUCUCUCUCUCUCUCUCUCUCUCUCUCUCUCUCAA